GUCCAAGAGCCAAGGACCACUUGUGCAGAGCUUCAAAAAGACCUGGAAUUAGCAGGCCUCACCCAUGGUCUGCACGAGCCAAACCCUCCAUAAAUACACUGAAGCAACGCUGUGUACAAAGCAGUGCUGAGAGACGCUCACCGAGGAACUAGAAGAAGUUUGUUAUACAUCACAGGCAGCAAGAUGAAGACCACCAUCUGUGUGUCAGUCCUCCUCAUGGCUUUAUGCCAGUCCUUAAGCGCUGUGACUGUCACGGAGGGAGACUUUCACUUUUCCCUGGAGUCAGUGAAGGCCCUGGGGGCUCUGAUGGCUGGAGAGGAUGCACCAGUAGAGCAGGAGCUCCAGCUGGUUGAGGCCAAAGCAGCAGCUGUGUGCUCUCACCCCGCUCUGCCCCAAGACUUCAGACCUGUGUGUUUGAGGACAGAUGCUGGAGCAUCUCUGGCCAGACUGGCACUUGUGGCCUCCGAGCCUGACGCCUGUGAGAUCUGUGAAUCUGUUGCCUGCACUGGAUGUUGAAAGGGUAACCUGCAUUGUGAUGUCAUCUGUCACAGAAUGAUUUCUGAUUUGGACUGUAUACAAAAUAAAAAAAUGAUAUAU